UACAAGCCAAAUAACUCAGCUAACAGGUUUUGUAACUAGUGUGUUUCUCAGAAGCAAUAAGAUUAUGUGGAUCAGCUGGUGUGCUUUGUGUCUGGUGAAAAGAAGCUUAUUUAAGUUAAGAGAGCCAGGAAGUCUGUGUCUCAGUCCAGAAGGAAGAUGGGUUCCACAGAAGACCUUGACUAUCCUCAAAUCAUCGUGCAAUACAGCAAUGGAUUUUUAAUCUCAAAGGUUAUGUUCACUGCCUGUGAGCUGGGGGUGUUUGAUCUCCUUUUGGAGUCAGGAAAGCCUCUGUCUUCAGAUGCCAUUGCUGCACAUCUGGGUGCCAGCACCAUAGGGAUGAAAAGACUGCUGGAUGCCUGUGUGGGAUUGAAGCUCUUGGCUGUAGAGAUUACACAAGAAGGAGCCCUCUACAGAAACACAGAAAUUUCCAACGUCUACCUUACAAAAUCAAGUCCAAAGUCUCAGUAUCAUAUUAUGAUGUAUUAUUCCAACACAGUCUACUUGUGCUGGCAGUACCUGGCUGAUGCUGUGAGAGAAGGAAGAAACCAAUAUGAAAGAGCUUUUGGUGUUUCAUCUAAAGACCCUUUUGGAGCAAUGUACAGAUCAGAUGAAGAAAUGCUAAAAUUCAUGGCUGGCCAGAACUCAGUAUGGAGUAUAUGUGGCAGAGAUGUUCUUGUUGCAUUUGACCUUUCCUCUUUCACGCAGAUCUAUGACUUGGGAGGAGGUGGAGGAGCUUUGGCCCAAGAGUGUGUUUCUUUGUAUCCACGUUCUACUGUCACCAUUUACGACCUGCCCAAAGUUGUGCGAGUGGCCAAAGAACAAUUUGUUUCCCCCGAGGAGCGUCAGAUCGCUUUCCACGAAGGAGACUUCUUUAAUGAUUCAAUACCUGAAGCUGAAUUGUAUAUUUUAUCCAAGAUACUGCAUGAUUGGGAUGAUGACAAAUGCAUACAACUGCUGGCAAAAGUCUACAAAGCUUGCAAACCUGGUGGUGGAGUGCUGCUGGUUGAAUCACUUCUGAAUGAAGAUAGAAGUGGGCCUGUAGAAACCCAACUGUACUCGAUGAAUAUGUUGGUCCAGACAGAAGGGAAAGAGCGAACAGCAGCAGAGUACAGCAAGCUCCUGGAGGCAGCUGGCUUUGGAGUGAUUCAAGUAAAGAGGACUGGAAAACUCUAUGAUGCUGUUUUAGGAAGGAAAUAGUAGUACAUGUUUUAUGUAUGUAACAAGGGAGAAAAAGCUGAGAAAUGUGCUAUUCUCUUCUUAGUGGGUAAUGAUCAACUUAGCUGUUAGUUAAGGCUGCCAACUUUUCUGUAAGCUGAUAUAUUGUCUGAAGACUCACUAAUAAGAGAUCUUCAACAUAUAUGUAUUGCAAAUCUGGCAGCAGUUGGAUCUGGGAGGGAAAGAAAGAAAUCCACACCUGUUCCAUAAGAAACAAUCCACAAAAGAAAUGUUUAGUGUGUCUGCUUCAGCUUGUCUCUGAUUUU